AUGAUUGAGGAGUUAGAAUUCAACGAAGAGGUGCCCCUUAAUGCACAACCUCACGCCACGCUUCGUCAUUCCAUGCUGUUCCAAAAUAAAAGGAAUUACUUACAAAAGGAAUCCCUGAAAACGGUAUAUGAAAAAGCCAAUUUUUAUGUCGAUAGCAAUUAUCAGAUCUUGAAUGUGCUUGGAAAAGGUUCAUAUGGUACUGUUUGCUCCGCGGUUAACACGACUGCAGAAGGAAAGCCACAACUUGCGAUCAAGAAAGUUUGUAAUAUCUUCUCAAAAGAGGUACUUUUAAAAAGAGCUAUUCGUGAACUAAAAUUAAUGGCUUUUUUCAAGGGUCAUAAAAAUAUUAUUAAUCUUAUUGAUUUGGAUAUAGUCUACAAGAAGCCGUAUGAUGGCUUAUACUGCUUCCAGGAAUUAAUCGAAUACGAUCUAGCCAAGGUCAUUCAUUCAUCAGUCCAAUUUUCUGAAUAUCACAUUCAAUGUUUCCUGUAUCAGAUACUUUGCGGAUUAAAAUAUAUUCAUUCGGCUGAUGUGAUUCACAGAGACCUCAAACCGGGUAAUAUUUUGGUUACUUCACAAGGAAUCCUAAAAAUAUGCGACUUUGGCUUGGCGAGGGGAAUCAAUGAGAAAUUUAUGCAGAACAAUAGAGGAUCUCACAACAUUACACAUUAUGUGGCAACAAGAUGGUAUCGAGCGCCAGAACUUAUUCUUUCAAGAAGAACUUAUGGUAAGCCAGUGGAUAUGUGGGCAGCUGGGUGCAUUUUAGGCGAACUUUAUGGUCGUAGGCCCAUGUUUAUAGGGAACAGCCAGAUUCAUCAGAUUACAGAAAUUUGUAAAGUAUUAGGAACACCUUCAAGGAAAGUUAUUCUUUCAUAUGAAUCUGCUGCGGCAUGGGACUUUUUUUCAACCACGAGACCCUCAUUCCAGAAAAAGGAUUUGAAUGCUCUUUUUCCGAAUGCAAAUACAGAUGCUAUUACCAUUCUAUCAGGGCUGCUUUGCUGGGAUCAAAAAUCAAGACUUACCGUGGGAGCAGCAAUUGAAAGUCCCUUUUUUAGCACGGUGAGAAAUAUAGACGAGGAACCAAACACAGAAACUGUAUUUGACUUUAAUUUCGAACACCAAGCUAGUUCCAUUGAGGAAAUGAAAAUCAUGCUACAAGAUGAAGUGGACCAAUUUCGUGCACAAGUAAGAAAGACAAGCAUUAAAAUAUAG